GGCAUGAACCAAACAGCAAUAAGUUUGGACAAAACAAGCGUCUUGUACGGCUGUAUGAUCCCACACAAUGCCAUUCAUCGAUUCUUGUGGUAUCGGAUGGUGUUUGUCGGCCUUGCGAAGUUCGAACGUUCUGGCGAGCCUGAGAUCGUCUCCCACCGUAUCGGGCGUUGUUUGUUCUACAUCAAGUAUGCGAUGUUCGGUACACAGAAAAAGAAGAGUGGCGUCUAUCGUUCGGAAAGUGGCUGUAACACUACCAACGUUCAACGGACUCUGCAGUAUUGCAUGAUCCAACGUUAGACUGACUGGCUGGUCUCUAGUGACUCGGACGCCACUGGCACAAGUUGCGCUCGAAGAUUGUGUCCCCUCGUCGUCGUCCUCGAAAUCGACAUCACAGAAUACAGGACCGUGGUAUCGGCACGUCGUAAGGGCGGAAAUUAUCGCGGGCGGCGACUGGGUCGGGCGUCUCAAGAACACAUUUCAAAUCUAAACGCACGUAGCUCUUGACGUCUGGGUGUUUUGAAACGGGCUCAGCGCGCGAGGGAAUACUUCCUUUGAGACGCUCGCAUCUACCGCAGCUGCUACACGCGAUGCUCGCAAUGCCGUCUUAUCAGCGUCUCUCACCACCCUUCCGCGCUGAGCAAAUUGGCUCAUUCGCACGACCAAAUGCUCUUCUACUCAAACGCGCGGCGUUCGAACAGGGAACAUGUAGCCCGGAUGAACUCGCGCAAUGCGAAGACGAGGCCAUAGCGGGCAUCGUAAAAUUCCAGAAAGCAGUAGGAAUGAAGUCUAUCACUGACGGGGAAUUUCGUAGAGCGUCCUUCUUCGAUGGCUUCUUCAACAAACUCGAAGGAAUGAAUUUCGACCCAGCAUACCCCCCUGACAAGUUCUCCAAGCUAUCGCCGGUGAAGAGGACGGUCCCUACGCCCACAUGGGUUUGCACGGGGAAACUCAAGCGGACCGUAUCCAUCUAUGGGGCUGAGUUUGACGCCCUGAAGAAGUUGGUCAACGAAGAGGAGGUUCGGAACAUCAAAAUCGCCAUGUGCCCUCCUCAGUGGUUCUACUACAUGUUGAGAGAGAACGUAUACUUGGAAGGCGUAUACCCUUCUCUCGACGAUUACUUCGCUGAUGUCAUCAGAGUCUACCGCGAAGAGAUCACAGAUCUGUAUGGAAGAGGCUGCCGAAAUAUUCAAUUCGACGAGCCUGUCAUGUCGUUCCUUGUGGACUCCAGUGUACGAACGCGAAUGCAAUCCGUCGACGUCUCACCCGACUCAGAACUCGACCUUUACAUACGGAUCCUGAAUGCGAUUUUGGAGGGCAGGCAGAAGACUAUGGGCGAUAUGUGCGUGGGGAUUCACCUGUGUAGGGGAAACUUGACGGACGGGAAGUACUUCGCCUCGGGUUCGUACGAAAUCAUGGCGGAGACGUUGUUCAACAAGCUUGACGUCGACGUAUAUUAUCUUGAGUACGACGACGACCGUUCAGGAGACUUCAAGCCUCUUCGCUAUGUCCCACCGAAUAAAUUUGUCGUCUUAGGCCUCAUUACGACAAAACACGGGCAAUUGGAGGACGCAGACAAGCUCAAAAGGAGGGUAUAUGAAGCAGCGGACAUUUUGGCUCGUGGGUCAGGCAAGACACGAGAUGAAGCGCUGGAACAAAUCUGCAUAAGCCCACAGUGCGGCUUCUCGCCAACAAAGGAGGGAAACAGGUUCAUCACUCAAGGGGAUGCGAAGGCGAAAUUAGAAUUGUUGGUAAAGGUGGCGGGAGAGGUGUGGCGCUGA